AUGAGGACUCUACUGUUUUCAAUUGCACUUGCGGCGGCGUUCGCUCGGAACUCACUCGCCCAGUUUCCACCGGCACCUGGGGGAGUUACUGUCUUGAAAUCAAAGUUCGACGACGGCAUUGAGAUUAGUUACAAAAAGCCCGGUCUUUGUGAGGAAGCUGAAGUUGUGAAAUCCUACGCUGGAUACAUCAAGCUCCCGCCAGGGACCCUGGAGGGGGUUGGCCAGGAGCAAGAUUAUGAGAUCAACACAUUUUUUUGGUUCUUCGAGGCCAAGGAGGAUCCAGAGAACGCACCGCUUUCUAUAUGGAUGAACGGCGGGCCCGGCAGUUCUUCGAUGCCUGGGCUCUUCAAUGAGAAUGGGCCUUGCUACAUCAACCCAGAUUCAAACUCGACGAGACCCAGUGAGUGGUCUUGGAACACUAAAGUCAACAUGUUGUAUAUCGAUCAGCCAGUUCAAGUCGGUUUCUCCUAUGACUCACUACGAAAUGUCACCAGGGACCUAUUCGGAAGUACCCAGACUCUGAACGCUUCAUCGUCAAUCCCAGCACAGAAUGUCACUUUCCAGACCGGCACACUAGCUAGCGGUGGGAAGAAUACGACGAGCUUCGGCAGCCGUAAUGCAGCCAUUGCCCUAUGGCACUUCUCCCGGGUCUGGUUCCAGGAGUUCCCGGGGUAUCAUCCCAAUGACGACCGCAUCAGCAUUGCAACGCAGUCCUAUGGAGGCCGGUAUGGACCCGCCUUUGCCGCCUACUUUCAGGAGCAGAACGAAAAGAUCGCGAACGGCACCUGGAAUGGUACCGAAGGCGCGGGAUACAUCUUGAACCUAGACACUCUCCUUAUCGUCAACGGGUGCAUUGAUCGCCAAGUGCAGUGGCCCUCAUAUCCAGAGAUGGCGUUCAACAACACGUAUGGCAUAGAAACCGUCAACAAGACGGUGUACCAGGGCAUGAUCGAUGCUCACUACGCGGAAGGAGGCUGCCGUGACAGGAUUGAUGCCUGUCGUGAACUCUCUGCAAUCUAUGACUCAGGUAACAUCGGCAUCAACGCGACCGUCAAUAUUGUCUGUCAAGACGCAGAAACAUACUGCACAGUCAAUGUUCGCGACCCCUAUCUCGAUAUCUCGGGCCGUGAUUACUAUGACGUAACACAGAUUGACCCAACGCUGUUCACACCCCCCUUCACCGCCGGAUAUCUCAAUCAGCCCUACGUCCAAUCUGCCCUCGGAGUCCCCUUGAACUGGACAGGCAGCUCUAGCGCAUCGUCCUCCGCCUUCCGCAGUAUCGGAGACUACCCCCGUCCAGGCUGGAUCGAAGACAUCGCCUACCUCCUCCACAGCGGGAUCAAAGUUUCUCUCAUGUUUGGCGACCGCGACUUUGCGUGUAACUGGAUCGGCGGAGAGCAAGUUGCGCUGGCGAUUCCCUGGGCAGACCAAGAGAAGUUUGCCAAGGCGGGCUACGAGCCUUUACAGACCAAUGCUACGUACGAAGGCGGUCAGGUUCGGCAGUAUGGUAAUCUGUCAUUUAUUCGAGUCUACCAAGCUGGACACGCAGUGCCGUCGUACCAGCCGGAAUCCGCAUAUCGAAUUUUCAACCGUGCUCUCUUCAACAAGGACAUCGCAACAGGCCUCGUUGAUACCGCGACAAACCUGACUUAUGCCACCGAAGGGCCUGCCGACACAUUUGGUAUCAAGAACGAGAUUCCGUCUCAAUACGAGGAUUUCUGUUAUGUUCUUGACCCGAGCACGUGCAGCGAUGAACAGGUUAAUGCGAUGCGUAACGGAACAGGCAUCAUCAAAGAUUAUAUCAUGAUUGAGCCAGCUUCCCAGCAGGGAGCUGCGAUCGGUUUGAAAGCAAGAGAAGUGUGA